AUGAGGUGGAGAGAGGAGGUGGAGAGAGAGGAGGUGAAGAGAGAGGAGGUGAAGAGAGAGGAGGUGGAGAGAGAGGAGGUGAAGAGAGAGGAGGUGGAGAGAGAGGAGGUGGAGAGAGAUGAGGUGGAGAGAGAGGAGGUGGAGAGAGAGGAGGUGGAGAGAGAGGAGGUGGAGAGAGAGGAGGUGAAGAGAGAGGAGGUGAAGAGAGAGGAGGUGGAGAGAGAGGAGGUGGAGAGAGAGGAGGAGGAGAGAGAGAGGGAGGUGAAGAGAGAGGAGGUGAAGAGAGAGAGGAGGUGGAGAGAGAGAGGAGGUGGAGAGAGAGGGAGGUGGAGAGAGAGGAGGUGA